UGAGUGGGGAUUGUGAUCUGCGAGGCAGCAGAGGGGGAUAGCAGCAUGGACAGAGACUGGGGCUCGAAGCCAGGGAGCGGUGGCGCCGCCUCCGCCCAGAAUGAAGCCAUCGACCGGAGGGAGCGUCUCAGAAGGCUUGCUCUCGAGACUAUUGAUCUCGCCAAAGAUCCCUAUUUCAUGCGUAAUCAUCUCGGAAGCUAUGAGUGUAAGCUUUGCCUGACAUUGCACAACAACGAGGGCAAUUAUUUGGCCCACACACAAGGGAAGAGGCAUCAGACGAAUUUGGCCAAGAGAGCUGCUCGUGAGGCCAAAGAGGCGCCUGCGCAGCCACAGCCCCACAAGCGCAAAGUCUCCGUACGCAAGACAGUUAAAAUUGGUAGGCCUGGGUAUCGGGUAACAAAGCAAUUUGAUCCAGAGACAAAGCAGAGGUCUCUUCUCUUCCAGAUCGAAUAUCCUGAGAUUGAAGACCUUGCAAAACCUAGGCACCGGUUUAUGUCUUCUUUUGAGCAGAGGGUCCAAUCCUUUGAUAAAAGAUAUCAGUAUCUCCUGUUUGCAGCUGAACCAUAUGAGAUAAUUGCUUUCAAGGUUCCGAGCACAGAAAUUGACAAAUCCACUCCAAAGUUCUUCUCACACUGGGAUCCUGACUCAAAAAUGUUCACGUUGCAAUUGUAUUUCAAAACCAAGCCACCAGAGGCAAACAAGCCUCAGCCUGCCUCUGCAGCUAAUGGUACAACUGCUCCUGGUGCCCCACCAAGGCCUUUGCCCCCACCACCUCAAGCUCCUCCUCCACCUCCUCCUCCACCACAGGGACUCCCACCAGGUGCAACAAUUGCUAAUCCUCCAAGAGGACCACCGCCUCCUAUGCCUGGAACCUUGCCGCCACCUCCACCUCCAAUGGGAAAUGGGCCUAGGCCUAUGCCCCCAGGUGGAGCUCUACCCGUUCCUCCACCUCCUGUUGGCAGUGGCACAAUGGCAAAUUUCACUCCAGGGACUCAGAUGGCUAGGCCUCCCUCAAUGAUGCCUCCACAAGGUUUUCCAGGACAGCAGAUGCAGGGUCAGGGGAUUCGCCCACCUAUGCAGCCUCCUAACAUGGGCAACAGGUUCCCAGACCCCAAUGAUGCCUCCACAAGGUUAUCCAGGAUAACGGAUGUAGGGCCAGGGAGUUCACCUUCUUAUGCUGCCUCAUAACAUGGGACAACAGGUUCCCAGACUUACAUUGUCUUUGUAAGUUGAUCUUUAAAGUGGUGUACCAAGCUGUGCUCUGUUCCAGAUGCAUUUUGCUCUAUAUCUACAAGGAACCCAUUGUCUGAGAUACACAACAGUUGCGAUCUGAUGGUCUAAUUGAAUUAGAAAGUAGAUCUGAUUACUGAACUAUGUAAACCCGUUGCCCUUAAAGAUGUUUGUAUGUUUUCUGCUAUACUUUUUACAACUUCCUAUGUGUAUUUGGAUGUUUAUUGAGUUUUUGAAUAUUUUAAUUUGCUGUACGCCUAAUCAUUUUGAGCUAUUUUCAUUUUUUUAAAACGGGACUUGGAUCAAAACUGUAAUCUAUUUUGUAUCA